UUUCCAUUCCAUUCCCCUCUUUUCCGCUCCUCCCAACACCAUCACUCAAGCCAUGGCCUUCGGCGCCGCCGACUUUGAAGUCGAGCAGUCAGACUUUGUGCGCCAUGAGCUCACCCCCACGACCUUCAAAAAAACCUCGCUCAAUCCUAAAUGGAAGGUCGAUUUCUUCGGGAACAGCUACCUCCCCAGUCGACCCUUCAACAGAGAGCGCAUCAGAAACGAAAUUAAUGCGCUGCAGCUGAUUUCGUCCCACACGAGCAUUCCGGUGCCCAGGCUGCUCGACUGGGGCGAGAACCCGGACGGAUCCAUAUUUCUGCAGACGGAGCGAGUCCACGGCAUUAAGCUCAGCGAAGUUGGGAACACGUGCCGGAUGCCAUCGGGCCUUAAGCACAACAAGGGAGGCUAUUGCGGUGAUUGCAUGGCUACCGCGAAGAGCAAUGCUGCAGCCUUCAUCCAGGACGUUGUUCUUCCCGAGCUCAGCAAACUCCGGUCCAACACAAUGGGACUGCAGGGCAUCGUCAUCCCGCCGGCUUUUCUCCUGGAGCGUGACAAGCGGACGAGGUGGGAGGCGAAGACGGCGGACUCUCAGAAGUAUGUGUUUGUUUUUGGCGACUUGGUGCUUCAUAACAUCAUGAUGGAUCCUGUCACGCUCAAACUCAUAUGUAUUUUCGAUCUGGAACAUUCAGGGUACUUCACUCCGGAGUGUCAGCGGUGGUUUUUGGACGUGGAGACGUAUCGUAGUGCGUAUGACGACUAUGGUGGGCUGGAUGAGUUAAUUGGUAGUAUUGAUGCUUGACGGGUGGGAGAAUCUGGUUGAGGAGCCUAAAUGACAAAUGCUGUACUGGCCCCA